UCUGCUGACGUGACUCCCCCUCCCCCUCCCCCCUCCUCGACGAUGGGCAACAGCUACGGCCGCGAAGACUCGGUGGAGUCGGGCGGGCGGAGCGGCAGUUCCCGACGCAGCAGCUUCCUCAAGAGAUACAACAAGUCCUUCAAGUCCCGCGACUCCGAGAGCCUCAGGGGCUACUCGGAGGACGAGGCCACCGACAGCGACCGGGAGAAGCCCUUCGAGGGAGACCACGGCAGGAGACUGACGAAGCAGAAGACGAUCGAGACAGCACUCGGCGGACGGUGAAACGGACGUGGAAAAUCAUCGAGGAGAGCGUCGCCAAAGUCGGCGUCGUUCUGUUUAUGGGGCUGUUCGAGACACACCCUGAUGUCCAGGAAGUGUUCAUCCCCUUCAGAGGACUGCCUAUGGAGGAGGUGCAGCAGUCCAAGGAGUUGCGGGCGCACGCGCUGAGGGUGAUGGGCUUCAUGGAGAAGGCGGUGCGGCGCCUUGACCAACCCGACAAGUUGGUUCCGCUGAUCCAGGAGUGUGGGAGGAACCACUGUCGCUACGGCGCUCAGGUCCAGCACGUGGAGCUCGUGGGGCCGGAGUUCAUACGAGCCAUCCGGCCCGCCCUCGAGGGAGAAUGGACACCCGAGGUCGAGAUGGCGUGGGCGCUCCUCCUGCAGAACAUCGCCUACGUGAUGAAGGAGGCCAUGAAGGAGGCUAUACGGGAGGGCGUGAAGUCCUAGAAGAAGGGAAGGACGAGUGAAGGAGGACUCGGAAAGAGGGAGCCAGUUUCCCAACGACGUUCCUUGGGUCUCUGCAAUCAGCGUGAUAUGUAAACUUCGUUACAAAGAGACGAAUUUCAACUUCCCUGCAACCGAGAGGAUGAAGAAUCUUGACUCGUUUGUUAUUCAAGUGACGAAUGCGAUGCGUCAAAACAUUUUCUUCGGCAGUGUGCAUCGGCUGGUCUCUUGUUUUAUUUGUUUGUAU